GAACAAUGACCGAAUGAACGAACGAACGAAAGAAAGAUCCCACAAGCUGACAAUCUGUCCCGAAAGCUGGAAGAGAGACAUUAAAAGAGAAGAAGAAGAAAAUGAGAUUGGCACCAUGGGCUACCCUUGGGGUAGCUGCUAUCUUUGGCAGCACCCAUGCCUUUUUGACGCCCGUGCAAAUUCCCUCUAAAACCAAACUGUCCACACGUGGUGGGGAUGACGACUUUGGCGAUGUCUCGCUCUGGAGAAUUGAAAAAGUGGACAAGGUAUUUGGAGACAAUGCCGAUGACGACGACGUUGUACCGUCAUAUCCCAACCCCCUCUCCCAAAAAGCUCGCAUUCCAUCGUCCUGGUUUGUCGAUGAAGAUGACGCGGUUGCUGCCAAGGUCAAUGUGGAUGUGCAUCAGACUUGCAUUAUUGAUGAAGAGGCCGCCGCUCCGGCAUUUAUGCUAGCGGGUCCACGCAUGGAAAUUGCCUUUGAUCCGGAAGUCUCACGCGCCGCCAUUGUGACAUGUGGUGGACUCUGUCCUGGACUGAAUACGGUGGUGCGAGAAGUGGUAAUGUGCUUGCGACGACAAUACGGUGUCGAAAACGUCUAUGGAGUCCCCGAGGGAUACCGAGGCUUUCAAAGCCCCGAGGAUUGGCGACCACUGGAUGAAACCGUGGUGGCAAAUUUUCACAACUUGGGAGGAUCCGUGUUGGGAUCCUCGCGUGGUGGAUACGACACCAAGGCCAUUGUCGACUCGUUGGCCGCACAGAAUAUCAAUAUGCUUUUUGUCAUUGGAGGAGAUGGUACGCUACGAGGUGCUGCCAAAAUUGCCGAAGAAGUCAAAAAGCGAGGACUUCAAAUUUCCGUGGCCGUCAUUCCCAAGACGAUCGACAAUGACAUUCCGCUUGUGGAUCGCACCUUUGGAUUCGAAACUGCCGUCGAAGCGGCACGGGAUGCCAUUAAUGUGGCCAAUGUCGAAGCGGAGGGGUUCCCUCUGGGCCUUGGUGUUGUCAAAGUCAUGGGUCGAAAUUCUGGAUUCAUUGCCAUGCAUGCCGCACUGGGGUCGCGAGUGGUGGAUCUGUGUUUGGUGCCCGAGGUGGACUUUUACUUGGAUGGCCCUGGUGGCAUUGUCGAUCAUUUGGCGGCACGGUUGUUGGAAAAUAACAAGGCCGUCGUGGUGGUGGCAGAAGGUGCCGGACAAGAUUUGAUUGCCGCCGAACAAGAGGAAGAAGGAGAACAAGUAACAGAUCUCUCGGGUAAUGUCAUGCUCGAAGACAUUGGCCGUUGGUUGGCGGACAAGCUCAAGACGCGUUUGGGGGACAAGCUCCAAAACCAGACCAAACAUGGUGACUCUGUCAGUAUCAAAUACAUUGAUCCCAGUUAUAUGGUGCGGGGUGUUCCACCCAAUACGGCAGAUAACGUGUACUGCACCCAUUUGGCACACAAUGCCGUCCACGGAGCUUUUGCUGGCCUGACUUCGUUUGUGGUGGGUUCUGUCAACACCCGAGAAUGCUUUGUCCCCACAAGGGUGCUGGUGAACAAGCGCAAUGUGAUUGACACGGAGCAUCAGAGUCUUUGGGAAUAUGUGGUCUUUGACACUGGCCAGCCUUGUUUCCAGACUGAAAGUGAUGACGUUGACCGGCGGAAGGACAUCACCAUUAGCGCCUCGGGUGGUGUGGUUCUAGAGCUAGAAUAAGAUUUGCGUAUAUAUUUAUAGUAGCCGCCUUUAGAAUAGACGAUCUACAAGUCAGUUCUAUCUAAGUCGUCUAGAACCCUGACACCGACCCUGUGUCCAACAAAAUGUUGCAAAGCUACCUCCGGUAUUCCUGAAGUAAUGUUUCUCCAUCAACUUGAGCUUCAG